AUGGCUUUUGACGGGCAUCAGAGCACAUUUGCAAAUUCACUCUCCCCCCCAUACCAGCGUCAGGCCAGUGUCCAUAUAGGAGGAGGGAACAAUGGUAGCAUGCCAUUUCCCUUCAUUGCUAUGCCCAGUGUCUCACUACGGGAACAGGAAACAGCAACCUACAUGCCCUGGUCUCACAAUGUUCAUGAUGAUUCCUAUGACCUUAUUAGCUGUACCGAGAACAGCAUUAAAAGCAGGAAACCCACAGAUAAUACUGACUGUGAUGGGGAGACUGAUCUACAGGGUCUAGUGUCAAAUAUUUUGGAUGAAGCAGAUUCACAGGACAGCUACUUCAGUGAAGGGGGCCUACCUACAUGUGAUCCUGUCUGGUCUCCAAAGACACUGAGAGAGGAACUGCUACAGUAUUUUAAAUCAGAAACAAAAACGCAACAUAACAGUAUCUUUCCUCCAAACUGUGGAACACGUGAGGCUUUAAGUAAAGCACAGUCAGUGAACAAAGAUGUUGAAGAGUUUUAUCAAACGUCCAGUGGUCUUUCUGCCAAUCAGAAAUGGCUUUUUAAUGUGCCUAAUAGAGACCAGGACAGCUACACCCUCUGUCCUCAGAAACUACCACCAGGUCUAUCAAUACCCAACACAGGAAACACCUACUUGUCCCAAGUACAGCGAAGCAAAAAUGACAACAUGCCACCUGAGAAAGACAGAGGAAAUAGUCAGCCCAUGAAUAAUUUCUCUGACUUCAGUGAUGUCUUUAGACCUCAAAGCCAAAUGAACAGCCCAUGCUUUCAUCCUUAUGAAGAACAGUACACACAGAGCAGCACAAAGCCCAUCAGUAACGAGCAGUAUGAGCCACAGGACUAUAACCAACUGGUCAGCAGUUUUCAGUCGUUCAUGGCUGGUGAGCAUGAUAGCUUAUGUCGUGGAGACUUUCCAAACAUUCACAGGCAGACAGUGGGCAUGCAGCAUGAAGACAGCAUGGCUGAACAAUGGAAAAUCACCAGUCCUGCAAAGUCAACACAAAGUACUCCUGCGAUGCAGACCCCGAAACAGCUGGUGGGAGAUUUUGGGACAGUGCAGAUGGAAAGAAAUGGAGGAGUGAGGAAACAAACAUUUAAGGGUGAUGCCUUUCAAGAUCCACCUGGUUUCAGCCCACAGAACACUGAGUACUUCCAGCCACCCAGGCCUUUUUCUGCAUCUUUAAACCUCCCAAACCAAUACCAAAGCAACACAACCCUGCACAAAGAGAAAACAGCACUCCCCAUUAACAUGAGCAUGGACCAAUAUUCAAAGAAUCACAUCCAGCCGGGCCUUACACAGAGCAAGCUUAAGACACAGAUGCAGAGGGAAAAGAGAAGGAUGCAUAUGUCUGGCUUUCUGGGAGAAGGCUUCUCUGCAAGGCCUCUAACCAACACUAACAUGAGAGGAGGAGAUAAGAAACAGGCCCUCUCACAAAGCCAGUACUUUGACCACUUGGGGAGCGUGCAGUCUCAGAGAUUUGAUGCAGAAAACAACGUGGCCAGUGUCGGGAAAACACAGCAGCUCAUCCCUUUCAUGUAUCCUGUGAAUGACCUCAGACGGUACUCCAGUGUGCCCUUCAACUCCUCAAACUUCAGCUCUCAAUCCACACUGACGUACGGAGGCGGUGUUCCCAGCAUGGAUGUGAGUGACAUGACGUCAGUCAGUGAGCCUGCAGCUUUUAACUCCUAUGCCGGUGACAUGAUGACCUGCAGAGUAGAGAGCCGUUAUCAUGGCAUGGCCUCAGCCACGACAAAUUCAGUGGUGAUGAAUCAAGGAGAACUUAGGACCCAUCUUUACCUUCACCUGGAUGAAUGUUACGAUCAGUUGAGGUGUUUGGAGAGGGAGAGAAAGAAGACAGAGGUGAUCCUUACCAAGACUUUCCCCGAGAAAAAGACUGCAGCAGUGGCCAACACUAACCUCCCCAAAACUCCACCCAAUGCCACAAGAGUCGACCAUCUCAUUGUUAAUCAGACGAGAGAACAAGCAAGGGUGGCAAACCUUCUGGACCGAAUGGACUGUCUGUGCCACACUCCCCUCCAUAUGAACAUCCACACAGCACUGAGAAGGAAUCAUAUGGCUAUUUGCAUCACCCAGGUGAGACGCAAGGAGGAGAUGGCCAACAUGUCCAGACAUCAGCGGCAGAAAGCUCAUUUCACAGAGGACAGAGACACCCUGCUGUUGGUCAUUGCACUGAAGGAUCUUGCCGCUAGCACGAUGAAACUCCGCACUGCCCUGUGGUGCGCUCUCCAAACACUGCCGCAACCCGUCAAGAGGCAGGACCACCAUGUUACCAGAAAGGUCGCACACACACAGAGGGGCCCCUCUCCUUUUGAGGUAUACUCUUUUGAUAUUGCAGACGACAAGCAUGACUUUAGAGGUCUUGAUUAA